UACUGCAACAGGGUUUGUGAUCAACGUGGCGCUCACAAAACGUACUGACGUCAUAUCAAUAUCUUUUUCAGUCAGUGAUUCCGAGUAAAAAGUGGUAGUAUCACAACGGCAUUGGAACAGGAAUCAGGAUCCGCAUCCGGUUAGAUCGCAGACAGCAGGAAACCAGUUCAUCUGAAAAGCUUGAAAGCACAUCCUAACAAAUCAUUGACAAUGAGGAACUUGUAUGCUGUUUGCCAAUAAAAAAUAAAAAAAUAAAAAAAACAAAAAACAUUUGAACUACCUACACCCUGAAGACUGCUUGAAUUAAGCUCACAGAACUGCACAAUGGAAAGCACUCUGUUUAAUGCACAUUUCCGUAGCUCCAACCAGAGACAUUUAAACAUGAAAGUUAUAUAUCUAUUUGUUGUGAUUUGUUUAACUGUUGUCGUUUACACUGAUGAAGAUUAUUAUAAACGUCUUGGAGUGUCAAGAGAAGCAAGUACGAGAGAAAUAAGGCAGGCCUUCAAAAAGCUUGCCCUGAAGAUGCAUCCUGAUAAAAACCCAAAUGAUGAAGAGGCACAUGACAGGUUUUUGAAAAUAAACAGAGCUUAUGAAGUUUUAAAAGAUGAAGAUCUCAGAAAGAAAUAUGACAAAUAUGGAGAGAAGGGGCUUGAGGACAACCAUGAAGGAGGAAGAUAUGAAAGCUGGAAUUUCUACCGUUAUGAUUUUGGCAUCUAUGACGAUGAUCAUGAGAUCAUUACCUUGGACAGAGGAGACUUUGAUGCAGCUGUUAACUCUGGUGAACUGUGGUUUGUGAAUUUCUACUUCCCUCGAUGUUCGCACUGCCAUGAUCUAGCACCAACGUGGAGAGAAUUUGCUAAAGAAAUGGAUGGAGUGAUCCGGAUCGGGGCUGUAAACUGCGGUGACAACAGAAUGCUCUGUCGAUCGAAUGGAAUAAACAGCUAUCCCAGCCUGUACAUUUAUAAGGCAGGAAUGAAUCCAGAGAAGUAUUUUGGAGACAGAACAAAGAAAAGUCUUCAGGAUUUUGCUAUGCAGUUUGUGAAAAGCAAAGUAACAGAGCUGUGGGCAGGCAAUUUUGUGGAGGCUGUCGAAAAAGCUUUUAGUUCAAGAACUGGAUGGCUAAUAACGUUUUGUGCAGAAUCAGGAGACUGCCUGGGAUCAGAAACUCGUCUCAAAUUAGCUGGGAUGCUGGAAGGCCUGGUUAAUGUGGGGUGGAUGGACUGUUCCAUGCAAGCCCAGCUUUGUGACAGUUUUGAUGUCACAUCUAGUACUACAGCUUAUUUCCCACCCGGAGCUACCCUUAAAGACGGUGUGCUGUUUCUUAAUACCCUUGAUAGAAUGGAGAUUUACACUGAAGUUAUGCAACAUUUACCUGAUUUGGAAGAGCUUACAAGAGAAACAUUUAAGGAGAAACUGGCCCAUCAUCGCUGGCUUCUGCGUUUUACUUUUGGUGAGAAGGAGUCAGGCACACAUGAAUACAAAAAGCUUAACGCGCUUUUAAAAAAAGACAAUAUACAGGUUGGAAGGAUUGACUGCCAGUCAGAAUCAGAUUUGUGUAAUUCUUUAUACAUCCACCAUCCAAGCAUAGCAGUCUUUAAGGGCACCGGCAUAAAUCAUUUUGAGAUCCACCAUGGGAAGAACAUUUUGUAUAAUAUUGUUGCCUUUGCAAAAGAUAGUGCUAGUGCCCAUGUUACAACACUUGGACCAGAAACCUUCCCAAACAAAGAGAAAGAGCCUUGGCUUGUGGACUUCUUUGCACCAUGGUGUCCUCCUUGCCGUGCUCUGCUCCCAGAGUUAAGGAAAGCUUCGAAACAUCUCUUUGGUAAAUUGAAGUUUGGCACGCUUGAUUGCACUAUCCAUACAGAGCUUUGCAGUAUGUACAACAUCCAGGCCUAUCCAACAACAGUUAUAUUCAACCAGUCAAGCAUUCAUGAGUACGAAGGCCACCACUCUGCUGAUGGGAUUUUGGAGUUCAUUGAGGAUCUUGUGAAUCCCUCAGUAGUAACAUUUAACCCCGAAACAUUUGAUGAAUUAGUAAAAAACAGAAAACUUGGUGAGAGCUGGUUGGUGGAUUUCUAUGCCCCGUGGUGUGGUCCAUGCCAGGCACUGUUGCCCGAAUGGAAGAGAAUGGCCAGGCUUCUGAGUGGAAUUAUCAACGUUGGAAGUGUUGACUGUCAGAAGUAUCAAUCCCUCUGUCAACGAGAAAGUGUUCGUGCCUAUCCUGAAAUACGCUUCUACUUGCCAAAAUCUAAAAAUGGGGAUGACUAUCAUAGCUACAAUGGGUGGCACAGAGAUGCACAUUCACUAAAAGCUUGGGCAUUAGGAACUCUUCCUCGUGCUUCAGUUGAUUUAACACCUGCAGAUUUUAAUAAGAAAGUACUGAAUGGAGACGACCACUGGGUUAUUGAUUUCUAUGCACCUUGGUGUGGGCCGUGCCAGAAUUUUGCCCCAGAGUUUGAACUUCUAGCCAGGUCUGUUAAAGGACGUGUAAAAGCUGGUAAAGUGGAUUGUCAAGCUUAUCCACAAACAUGCCAGGGAGCUGGAAUAAAGGCUUAUCCUACUGUCAAAAUGUACCCCCACCUUGGGGAAAAGAAGACAAGUGCAGAGGGAGAAUAUAUAAACAGUCGAGAAGCCACAGUGAUAGCUAACCUUCUGAAUAUGCGGUUAAAACAGAUAUCCCCUCAGUUACAGGACCAAUCCAAACUCAAGGAUGAGCUCUAACAGAUUGGGACAACUGCCACAAAAUUCCUUUAAACGUUUGAGAGAUGCACCACCCAAAAUGUAGUAACAAAAAGAUUUUCAGGACGAAGCAAAUCUUGGAUUUAAAAAAAAAAAAAAAUGUUAUAUUGACAUGAUGUGUAUAUGUGGGAUAGUCUUUGCUUUCUACUUUGGAAAGGUGUUUUUCAUUUAUUACUGUGCUGUUACUUGUGGCUGUCAAAGGUUAGUUUAUUUAAAUUGAAUUUUGUUAACAUCAAGAUAAAAAUAAUCUGAUUGAGGCAUGUAAUUCAUUCUUGAACUGCACCAAAGGAUUGAAUUAGAGGUUAAUGUUUUUGACAGGUGGUGGAAUAAUUCUACUAAUAUACACGCAUACAAUGGCCUCUUUAGGUAAUUUGAGCAACUGUAUUUUAAAAUAAGCAAAACCUGAUGGCAGCAAAGUAUUGAACAUUGUUUGGCAAUAAAAAAUGAUCUUGUAA